AUGUCUCCUGCCAUUUUGGUUUCCCCUGCUAUGCAUUCUUCAUCUUCAUCAUCAUCAGUCUGUGCCUCAACUCCAGCUUCAUCAUCGGUUUCCAAUAAACCUCGAAAGCUUGUUUUCAGACCUUUAACAUUCGAUAAAAGCAGAUCUUCACGGCAUAUAUCCAUCUCUGGUCCCCUACACGUGGAAACGAGUAACGAAUAUGUGCUUUCGUCCAAUUCUCCCAUGUCAUCACGAUCUGCCAGAUCUGUUUCAUUCCCUUCAUCUUCCAUCAAUGUGCGUCCUCGCCGGGCGGCCAAUCCAGCCAUUACUCCUACAUUGACCCGAUCUAACGACUCAAUUUCUGCUCUUUUCAACAAAUUGGAUAAUGAGCUACGCAAGUCUCACACCCACGUCACUCUUGACGAUCAUUUGGCCCUUAUUGUUCCCACUAUUGUGCAGAAAUGUGUCAAUUUUCUCGAAUCCAAGGACCCUGUUCAAGGUGUCUUCCGUAUUAAUGGUUCUAUUCGUAAGAUCAAACGUAUUGAGUUGGCAAUUCAUCAGAAAGGUAUUGAUUCAUUUGACUUUGAUACGUUCAGAUUGGAUGGAGAUGACGGCCCCAAUUGUUAUGAUGUGGCUAUGGUCCUUAAGCGUUGGUUGGCCAAUCUUGAAAAUGGUCUUAUAACACCACAGAUAAAUUCUAAACUAAAGAGGGACAGGCUCUCUCAUCUGGACAGUUCAUUUGAUGAAGAGGAAGAGCGUGAACUCGAGAAUUAUAAUGAUGGCUACAUUGCUGAUACUGAUAAUGAUACCACUAUGGCUGAUACAAGUGUUGCCACCGUCUUAAUUCAUGAGUCAUUGCAUCCAAUUGAACAUGCCAAGUCUCCUGAGCAGGAAAAGGAGACUACCAAUGAUACUUCAUCCGCCACUUGCACAUCAAGUCAUUCCUCAUCCGCCAUAAGCAGCUCAUUUGAUCAUCUCGUGUCGGAACCCCAUAGUCUGACAAUAUGCCGUCUCUCAAAACUUCCGACAGAAAAUUUGCAUCUUUUCCUCUAUCUUCUUGGCUUUUUAAACAGAUUGAGCAGAGAACCUACUGUUAGUAUCACCAAGAUGACCGCAUCCAACUUGGCCAAGAUAUUCCAGCUUAGUUUUUUCAAGAGCGACGAUUUGACAUCUUCACAUCCAAUAUUUACUACUAGUGCUUUGGCAGAAGAGAGCUCCGAGUCUCUCUUGGAAAGUUAUAAAGUCAAUGAGGAUCUCUUGCACAGCUGGAUUGACUCCUAUGAUGAGAUCCGACACGGUUUGGAAUCUAGUGUUUCCAGCAAGGAUGCAGAUUUUCAAGAGUUGUUAAGUCAUCCUUCUGAUCCUGUUUAUGAACCAGAAGCAAGAGUUCCUACGAACCCUUUGUCCUCUCUGGAUAAAGUUUCAAAGAGAAGGUCGAUGUUCGGGUACAGAUCAUUCUCUAAUAUGUUCAGCAGCAGCUCAUUUUCGUUGGCGUCGUCGCGGAAGUCGUCGUAUAGCAGCUCUUGCGACGAGAUAGAUUCGACCUCUGUUUCAUGUUCGCCAGUGGAGAACCUCAAGACUGGCGGUGCUUCGAAAUCUGGAGCGCCUGUGACGAGUAAUGGGGCUAAACAGCAUAAGGAGUCGCGUAGUGUUUCAGCCCCAGUCCGCUCCUCCUGGGGAAGGAAACCUCUGGGCGAAAAAUCUAUUUCCUCCUUGGAAAGCAAACAGAAUGUUUGUGUUAGCAGUGAAAAGGCUAAACGGAUUAAUACCCCCGCACGUAGAAGACCUCGAUCCAUGUUCAUCGAGAGAAGAUUGUCUUCGUUGUUUCCUACUCAUGACCAUCAUGUCCAGCUCGACCAUCACAACCAGCUCGACCAGCAUGAUCAGCAUGACAAUCACGACCAUCAUAACCAUCAUGACCAUCAUUCCUCUACUUCAACGGAUAUAGAAAAUAAUAUGUUGGCAACCAAGCAUAUACUUCAAAAGCUUUUGAGUCCUGUUUUCAUCAACGCAGGAAAGGAUAUGACAGAUGAAGAUAAUGUCCGACCGCAGCCAGAAUUCAGCAAUGGCAUGAAGGAUCCCGAUAAUUUACAGGGGGAUCGCAGGUCCAGCCAAAAUUCCUCUGUUACUGAGAUAGAGAUGGAUGACCUAGUCGAACAACAGAUACAUAAUGAUUAUGAGCGAUUUUUCACCCAACAACAGGAUUCUCAGUCUGCGUCUUUAUGGAAAGGAACUGACUCUACUCCAGUUGAUUUAGCUGCUGACGUUAGCGGUAACGUCAAUGUGAAUUCCAAUUUUUCUAUGUCUGUGGACAAGGCUCCGAGUGCCGUCUCUACAGGCAGUACGGAACCAUCAACCCUUCCUCACUCUUUACAAUCACCCGGUCCCACUCUUUCCACUAAUGUCCCUACUUCUUUUUUCUCUAAUGAGUCUAUGCCAUCUUUGUCUUCGCCAUCCGUGUCUACCUCAUCUCCGUCUACUCCAUCUCUGUCUACUCUGCCUCCAACUACUCUGCCUCCAUCUACGAUGCCUCCAUCUACUCUACCUACAUAUGCAUCAUCUACAUCCACUGCUUCUCUCCCAACAGCUCCUCUUCCUCCUACUGAGGAAGAGCUCAAAAAAAUAAGGAAAAGAUCCACCAUGAUGGCUAUAUAUGUUGGUCUCAUGAGUGCCUUAGGUGAAUUAAUUUAUGGUUAUGAUACGGGCGUCAUCAAUAGCAUGUUGGAAAUGUCAUACGUGCGAAGGCAUUUCCCAAGUAACGGCAAAUCGUUCAGCACUACCGAGGUGUCAGUAGUUACAGCUAUCUUGUCCGUGGGCACCUUUUUUGGUGCGCUAUCGUCACCUUUACUAUCAGAUCGUAUUGGACGUAAGUGGUGUAUCGUCGUAGAUUGUUCGGUGAUUUUUAAUAUCGGCAUAAUACUACAGGUGAUUUCAGAUGCCAUACCGUUACUUUGCAUUGGCAGAUUCAUUAGUGGUUUUGGUGUUGGCAUUAUCUCGGCCGUCAUACCACUUUAUCAGGCUGAGACAGCUCCUAAAUGGAUUAGAGGUUCCAUUAUAUCCUUUUCUCAAUGGGCCAUUACUGUGGGGCUUCUCAUAUCUAGUGCUGUGUCCCAAGGAACGCACGAUAUGGACUCGUCCGCUUGCUAUAGGAUCCCUAUUGGUUUACAAUUGAUAAUAUCUUGUAUUCUUUCCGUGAUUAUGUGUUUUCUUCCUGAAUCGCCUCGUUAUUAUGUCAAAUGUGGCCGCCUAGAUGAUGCCAUUAUGUCUCUUUCAAAGCUUCGAAGACUUCCACCAGAUGAUGAAUUUUUAAUUGAAGAGUUGAUUGAAAUUAAAGCUUCGUACGAUUACGAGGUGAGCUUUGGUUCCACUUCUCUGUUGGACUGCUUCCGCAAUUCGCCCGGUCGUGUGUGUCAGAGGAAGAGGAUGUUUACAGGUAUCAUGCUACAAGCGUUUCAACAAUGCUCUGGAAUUAAUUUCAUCUUUUACUACGGUGUUAACUUUUUUGUCAGAAUUGGAAUUGGUCAGUCCUAUCUUAUCUCGUUCAUCACCUACCUUGUGAAUGUUAUCUUUACUAUUCCUGGUAUAUUUUUUGUGGAAAUCCUUGGUAGAAGAACCCUUCUUCUCACAGGUGCCAUUGGUAUGACUGUCUGCAAUUAUAUUAUAGGUAUUGUCGGUGUAGAGACCAACUCUAUCACCGCAAACAAGAUCAUGAUUGUAUUUGUGUGCGGCUUCAUAUCCUUUUUUGCCGCCACUUGGGGUCCUGUUUGUUGGGUUACCGUUGGAGAAAUAUACAGCUUGUCUGUUAGACAGAAAGCAGUCUCCAUCUGUGCUGCCACCAACUGGUUCAUCAAUUUUAUUUUCGCAUACGCUACGCCAUAUUUGGUUGAUACAGGUUCUCAUACUGCUGCACUUGGUACCAAGAUAUUCUUUUUAUGGGGCUCCUUGAAUAUCACAGGGUUUGUUUUUGUAUAUUUUAUGGUUUUUGAAACCAAAGGAUUGAUGUUGGAAGAAAUAGAUGAGUUGUAUCGUGUUUGCAAAGUGGCUAGCAAGUCUGCUGCAUACAAGGGGAGGGUCAACGGUAUUUCUGAGCAAAUUUCGUUGAGACAAUCUGGUGAGGGUGGUGAUCCUACAUUUCCUAAGGAAGAGGAAGAUUCGAACGACACUGGUAAUACAUCUAUAACUCCGGUAACUCCAAUUCCCUCACCAGCAUUGGUUUCUGAUGAUUCGAUCAUGAUUCCGCCAAUGCAUGUUACGGACGACGAGGUCAGUCAAGGGAAUACCGAUGAUGGAAACGGUUUCAAUCGGUCGGCUCUUUUGAUGGACAGUAUAUUGCAUAUUCCCAACGAUCAGCCACCAUCUAUUAUUUCGGAGGAAGAAGCAGAUGAUAGUCAUGUGGAUGACGAUCCUCUAUUCCCGGAUCCCGGACGUGAUUCCAGUCUUGAUGUUUUGGCAUACGGUGACGACACAUUUAAUAGCCGUCCUCGAGGUGCAGAUUAUAUGUACACUAACCAAGAGGAUCUCCUGAACUUUAUGCAGACCUUGAGUAGCCGAGUGGCUCAAAUGCCAGUGGAAUCCAGCCACAGCAGCACUGCUGCAACCCAAUCUGAUGCCAGUUCUACAUCCGGUUCUAACUCGUCGUCUAACUAA